AUGAACGUCUUUUCUAAAUCCACCUUUGCGACGGCCCGCAUCGGUAACCGCUCAUGGACCUGUUCUGCGUGUCGUGGCCAAUUGGCGCGCACUAGGCCGACCCGACAGAUUAUCGCGCGACGUUUUGUCUCGGGGCGAAACUCGUCGUCAGAGGGCAAUGGCGGUGCGAAAUCUGGGCCAAACGCCAGGCUGAUUCUUUUUGCGUCGACUGGAGCAGCAGCUGGUACGGCGGCGCUGGCCUUCACCGACGAGAUCAAGAACAGCUACGAGGCGGCGGAGAGAACAGGCAGAGUGGUUGCUGCGCUGGCCGUCUGCAUUAACGACUACCGAACGACCUUGAAUACAAAAUCCACGGUUGACGACGAAGAAAAGCAAGAUCAAAUGCUAAAGGCUUGCCACAAGCGAUGCGCUGAGCGAACCCUCAAAGUGUUGGAGAAAAACGGCGGCAUAUUUAUCAAGCUAGGACAGCACCUGAGUGCCAUGAAUUACCUCUUACCUCCUGAGUGGACGACGACCUUUAUACCGCUGCAGGACAAAUGCCCCGUCUCAUCAUUCGAAUCGGUGCAGGAUAUGUUCCGAAGAGAUACGAACGAAGAACUGUGGCACUACUUUUCUGAGUUCUCGGAAGAGCCAAUUGGCGCCGCCUCGCUUGCGCAAGUACACCUGGCAACCAUCAAGGAUACUGGACGCAAGGUGGCCGUCAAGGUUCAGCAUCCCGAGCUGGAGGCAUGGGCGCCCCUCGAUCUUGCGCUCACUAGAUACACCUUCUCUACGCUCAAACGAUUCUUCCCCGAGUACGACUUGGAAUGGCUAUCUUCGGAAAUGGAUUACUCUUUGCCCAAGGAGCUUGAUUUCAGGGAGGAGGCCGAGAACGCACGUCGCAUGAAGGCGCACUUUGUUAAACAUCCCGAACUGCCUCUCAUCGUGCCGGAGGUCAUGUGGGCGAAGAAGCGAAUUCUCGUCAUGGCCUGUGAAGCAGGCCGGCGACCAGACGACCUUGAUUACCUUGACAAGAAUGGCAUUGACCGCGACGAGGUGUCGGCAACAUUGGCACGAAUUUUCAACGAGAUGAUAUUCGGCGAUGGUGCUCCGCUGCACUGCGAUCCUCACGGCGGUAACCUGGCCAUCCGCAAAAACACUACUCGCCGCGGUCUUGGUCGAGGCCCCAACUUUGACAUCAUCCUUUACGACCACGGCUUGUAUCGCGACAUUCCCCUCCCGCUGAGACGGUCCUAUGCCAAGAUGUGGCUCGCCGUCAUUGACGGAGACAUGGACCGGAUGAAGAAGUAUGCCCAUGAGGUGGCUGGCAUCAGCGAGGAGGAUUUCCCCCUCUUUGCCUCUGCCAUCACAGGCCGCGACUUCAGCGUCGUCAGCAAAGAAGGAUCGAUUCUCAAGACACGCAGCGCAGACGAAGAGCAAAACAUGAGCGGCGCCCUCCAGGAAGGCCUUAUCGUCGACCUUGUUCAAAUGCUCGGCCGCGUUCCUCGCAUUAUCCUCCUCAUCCUAAAGACCAACGACCUAACACGCAGUCUUGAUGAAAACCUCCACACCAGCCAAGGACCUAUACGCACUUUUAUGAUUCUAGCGCGCUACUGCACUCGGACUGUCUUCCACGAGCAGAUCGAGGACAUUAUCCGCAGCGGAUCGCUGCUCUGGCCUCAGAAUGUGAUGCGAGCUUUGACGGCCUGGAUCGGCUUCGUAAGGGUCGAGCUCAAGCUGGAGGCAUUUGAGAUGUGGCUGGGAAUCAAGAGGAUGUUGGGAUUCCGGGCUUUGGAGUUUGGCGGCGGGCCGCUAAGACAGGAGGAGAUUUAG